AUGUUACCUCUCCGAGCAAAAGUCGUAACAGUUGUAACGAAUCCCAUACCUGAUCUCAGUAAUAUUACGAUGAUAGCUUGGAAAUAUGAUAUUACGGAUUUAAUCAUUUUGAUUCAAAAUGAGAACCAAUCUGAAAUGUACACGUUCUAUCCUUACAGCAAUAAUAGUUGUGGAAACACGAGUCCAAUUAAAGUGCAUUUCAAAGAAAACUUUUUUCCGAGUAAGUUUAAAAAUCUUUUUGGAUGCCAAACUCGAUUGGGAACGUGGGAAGCAGCCGCUAUGCCCUACAUUAAAGUAAAUUGUGUCAACGGUUCAUCUCCAUUCUUUAAGGGAAUCUUUGCGCUUGUGGCGCUACUAAAGAUAAUAAACAAGACUGAACGAAUCAACAAGAGCUUACAAAUAGCGUGGAAUACCUUAGCGAUUCUUUUAGGGCAAGAUGCAAAAUUUGUAACGAAAUCCCGCCUGAUGAAUUUUCUUUUUAUGAUUUGGAUUUGGUUCAGCAUAGUGAUAACCACUGCAUAUAACGGGCUUCUAGUAAAAAUGUUGGUGACGAAAAUCCUGGAGCCACGGUUCGACACAAUAGAGAAUGCUGUUCAUUUAGUAAACGGCUAUGGAGGGGCUGAGUGGUAUAAGGAAUGGUUUAGAGGUACGCCUGUUUUUCACGGUUAUGAGGAUAUUAGCUUGGUUGAAGAAGUGGAGAACGCGAUCCGCAUAUCGCAAGGUAAGAGUGGAAUGCAGGGAAGAUUGGCUGAGCAGUCCUUCAGGCGAUAUAGCCGCGGCGCGGAGCGCUUUGGAAACAUCUACCAGUAG